ACCAUGGAGUUCUUCCCCUGCCUUCUGCUGCUGGCCCUGUCCUGCCUGGGAACUUGGGGACAGGCCCCUCAGCAAAAGCAAGGACGCAGCGGGGAGGAAUUCCACUUCCAGACUGGAGGCGGGGGUUCCUGCACCAUGCGCCACAGCAGCUUGGGACCCAGGGACGUCCAGCUGCUUGUUCACUGCCAGGACCAGGGGGGGCCGUACUGGUGCAAGUACAGCGGGCAGCCCGGCGUGUGCCAGGCCUUCGUGGACGACCCCCAGGCUUACUGGGACCAGGCCCUGCGGGAGCUGAGGCUCCUCAGCCACCCAUGCCUUGGGGCUCCGGUGCUGAGGCCACCCGUGUGUCAGGUGGCCGGGCCCCAGGCGCACAUGCGGCAGGUGGCCUCCAGCCUCGCGGGCAGCCCCGCACCCGAGCAGCACCCUAAGACUGCCAAGGUGGAGAAGCCCCCUUCCAGGCCUGGGACCCCCGCAAAACCCAGUGAAGCUACGCAGUGGGGAGAGAACUCCGUGAAAAAGCUGCAGGAAGCGAAACCCACCACCCGCACCACGGUCACGGCCACCCCGGCGGGACCCAGGUCUGCCGGGAACCAGGAAGCCGAGAAGGCGGCCUGGGAGCACUGCUGGAAGCCCCUCCAGGCCCUGUGUGCCUUUCUCCUGAGAUUCUUCCAGGGCUGA